AUGCCGCCCAGAAGGGGCAAAUGGCCUUCUCCAGGACCCAAGUCUUCACGUGGUCGGCCUGCAGCACACCGAGGCAAACUGCGAGACUUCUUGCCCGCAACUGCCAACACAGGCUUUCAGUCAAACGGAUUCUCUAUGAAAGAUGAGGCGAAGCAUACGGCAUCCCAUCAAUUCUCAUCACUUUGGGGCUCGGGAGAUGCUCAGCUUCGGCAGAAGCCCGUCACGUUUGUGAGCGCCGGGGUCGUGGAACCUCUCAAGGAAGCACGGCCAUCCGACGAUGCGCCAGCAGCCCUCACACCCGAGGGUUCUUUUCGGGAUCCCACGGAGGGAACCAGCGGCACCGUCGAGGUGGAAAAUGCAGACACUCAGACAGGGGCCAUUCAUGUUGAAACCUCGACCGAAAGCACCCUCGAAACCAUGAGACAAGAAACCACUAUGGCCGAGCCGCUUACGCAAAAACAGUCAAUUGAUAAUCUAGGCAAACAGUUAAAGACACCAGUAAACGAAACUGCGGGUUUGUUUUUCUUUGAUCUCGCAGAGGACGAACCCAUGAUGGACCACACCGUUCCGCCUCCGAAAAUCCCAAGUCCGAGAUCCUCAUUCUCUGGAUCGGAUUCGAGCGAAGAGGUUAUUCUCUUUAAGGGUCGGACUGCGAACGGCCAUGCAACUGCUCAGAAAAACAAAGUCAUCAGUCCCAGCUCUAUGACUGCACUCUCCACGGAGUUGACGCAGCACAAAUCCGAGACAAUUGUGGGUGCAAGAAGUCCAAUUCCUCGAGCUGUUGCGCAUCCAACCCGCUCUUCCCGUGGGCGACCACGGCCUCGGAAGAAGCGCUCGCGGAUUCCAAAGGCCCUGGACAAUGGGGACGAGGACGAGGACGCAAUAUUGGCCGAUUACAUUGACAAUAUGGCGGCAGACUCGGACAACGACUACAUCGAAAGUCAAUUCCAGUUUGCCGCCGGCCGUCGAGACCUCGGUGGCGACGAUGAUGCAGUCAAUUUCGGUUUCAGCAACGACAAAUCACCUAUGGACGACGAUGUACUGAACGAGGAGGGAGAAGAGUGUCGAGGCUCCGACUUAAGCGAUGCCGAUGUUGACGACCUUGUGAAUUGGGAUGACGGUCAGAAAGACUCGGAGGCAGAUAUGGACGAUGAGACACUUGCCCGACUUCUCGCUAAACAGGAAGAACUUGGGCUGGGAGGCGACGAUCUCUUGCUUUACUCCGGCUCGUUUGUCAAUAACGAUAAUAAAACGGCAUCGAGAAAGCGCCCCGUCAGAGCAGGCACGAGCCGUGGUGUGCGUGAACCCGCCAGCGCUACCCAGGUUGCGGAUGCGCUCGAUAAUUUGGAUCUUGCCGACUGGGGCCAGCUCACCGGGCAGACGCGCAAACGACGUAGCAAGCAACCCCCUCACUUUGCAGUGUCUGACUCGGAGAUUGAGGCAACCUUGAAUACUGCCUGGUUGCGAGACCGGGAGCGAAAAAAGAGCCGCAAGUUGGAACGCGAGGCUCUCCGCGCCAAGGGGUUGUUGGGCAAAAAUGUCGACCCCGAUGACCUGCGAGUCAAGUAUAUGUCAGGCAUGAAGCUGGACGAUAUGAAACUUGAGCUGACUUCCUUUCUCCUCGGCUCCGCUGAGCGUCUCGACUUUCCCCCCCUUGAUAAGCAUGCGCGGAAGAUUCUCCACGAGCUCGCAAAUAAGUUCAAGGUCAAGUCACAGUCCAUUGGCAAAGGCGACCAACGCCGUCCUGUACUUUAUCGGACGAACCGAACCGUCCGGUACACGUCGACUCGAGCUGAAGAUGCGACUAGUCAUGUUAACCAAGCGGCAUCGCACAUCCAUCGUAAAUACUUCCACCGUGUCGACCUCAAGGGUCCCAGGACCGAAUUCCCAAGAAACACGGGUGGAGACCGGUCCGGACACAAGGCACUCGCACUCCAGGAGGGAGAAAUUGUGGGGGGCUCGGUCCCAGAGCUUGGCCAGGAAAACAAGGGGCGUAACAUGUUAGAAAAGAUGGGCUGGAGCAAGGGCAUGUCGCUGGGCGCGCUGGACAACCAGGGUAUACUUGAACCUGUGGCACAAGUCAUGAAGCGUUCCAAGGCGGGUCUCGGAUAA